CCCCGAGAUCCAGUUAGUUUUGAAGGGAUAUUCAAUGUAGUAUUCCGCAUAAUGAUGGUAUAUAUAAUAAGGUCGCAUCCCUUACAUUCAUCCAUUACUUACAUCUUAGCAUUCAAGCCAUCGUCAAAGCAAGCCGAACCAGAAUAAGCCUUGUAUAACUCCAUCAUUAAAUAAGGAUCAAACACAUAUAUAUACUUGUGCAUCAAUCUAAUUUCGCAAUCAUGGAUAUCAUGGAUACCAUGGAUUCAUUUUGGAAGAAACUAACCCCGACUUACCACAAGAGUGUUUACCCAACUAUCACUCCCACCCGCCCCGAGCUCUCUCAGGCAGGAAAAACAGUUUUAAUCACAGGCGGUUCGACUGGUAUCGGGUACCACAUCGCCAAGUCCUUCGUACAAGCCAAGGCAGAUACAGUCAUCAUCCUCGGCCGACGGGCGGAUAAAGUCAAGGCCGCCGCCGAAUCUCUAUCCGCAGGGAGCCAGGGCACUAAGGUGAUCGCUAUCCCAAGCGAUGUUGGUAGUCCUACAGCUGUCGCCGAGCUCUGGGGCCGUUUUGCCGGCGAAGGCACGCGCAUCGAUGUCCUAGUGCUCAACGCGGCAAACACGGGUAUCGUGAAGCCUCUGAUGGAACAAGGCUUGGCGGGCGUCUGGGAAGCAUAUGACUUCAAUGUGCGCGCGCAGUUUGACAUGACGGAGCGAUUCUAUAAACAGGAGUUGGCCGCCGGUAGUAAGAAGUAUCUUAUCCACGUAUCGACUGGCGCGGUCCAUAACUUCGACGCUACGGCGGCAAUGCCGACUUACUCCAUGACCAAGCAUGCAGGCGCGCUUACGUUGCAACUCGUUGCAUACGAUAUCCCUCCGGAGGAUAUGCAGGUCGUCAUUUUUCACCCCGGCGCCAUCUUCACUGAGGCCGUGGAGAAGACGGGCUUGACUAAGGAUUCUCUGCCUUGGGAAGACGCCUCGCUCCCAGGUGGCUUCGCUGUCUGGGCGGCUACUCCCGAAGCGGAAUUCAUCCACGGCCGGUUCGUAUGGGCCCCAUGGGACGUCGACGAGCUCAAGACUGGGGAGCUAGGGAAGCGCCUCAAGGAGGACCCGCACUUCUUGAAAUUCGGCGUAAACGGCAUCUAAGGGAGGCAGGGAUGAACGAAUGAAAGAAGAAUGAAUAUUGUACCUUUAUGACAAAAUC